AGGCGCGGGGGCCCGGGGCGCGGGGCCGGGGCCGCCUCUAGCCGGCAACCGAGGGCGCGGGCCCGGGGAUGAGGGCGCCCGCGGUGGGGAGCCCGUCUGCGCGCCGCGGCGCCGUCCCGCCCAGCGAGCGAGCCCGAGCAGGCAGACGCGCGGCCGGCGGUCGGGGGGCGCGCCGCCUCCCGGCCCCAAAAAUGUGAAGCGGGGAGGGUGGAGACGCAGAGACGGCCGGGCUGGGCGCCCUCGCCGCCCUCCGGCAGCCGCGCCGUUCCGCUUCCCCGUCCGCCGAGGCCGCGCCGACCCCGUGGGCCGCCGCCGGAGCAGCGAAGCCGCCGAGCCCCCGCGCCCCCCGACCCCCGCCUCCCUCGGACCCGGCUUCGGCCCGCAGCGGGUUCGCGGCCCGGACGCGGCGGGAGCAGGGCCCGGGACGGUGCGUCCGGCCUCGCCCGCGGCUCCUCGCCCAGACAAGUUUGAACAAUGAUCACAGUCAACCCCGAUGGGAAGAUAAUGGUCAGAAGAUGCCUGGUCACCCUGAGACCUUUUCGGCUCUUUGUCCUGGGCAUCGGCUUCUUCUCACUCUGCUUCCUGAUGACGUCUCUGGGAGGCCAGCUCUCGGCCCGGCGCCCGGGGGACUCCCCCUUCACCAUCCGCACAGAAGUGCUGGGAGGGCCGGAGUCGCGCGGCGUCCUGCGCAGGAUGAGCGAGCUGCUGGAGCUCAUGGCGAAGCGCAUGGACGCGCUGGCCCGGCUGGAGAACGGCAGUGAGCCGCACCGGGCUGCCGGCCACGGGCGCUUGGCUGCGGACAGGUUUCCCCCUGGGGCUGGCCUCAUGGAGCGGAUCCAGGCCAUCGCCCAGAACGUGUCGGACAUCGCUGCGAAGGUGGACCAAAUCCUGCGUCACAGCCUGGUCCUGCACAGCAAGGUGUCUGAAGGCCGGCGGGACCAGUGUGAGGCACCCAGUGACCCCAAGUUCCCUGACUGCUCAGGGAAGGUGGAGUGGAUGCGUGCCCGCUGGACCUCUGACCCCUGCUAUGCCUUCUUCGGGGUGGACGGCACCGAGUGCUCCUUCCUCAUCUACCUCAGUGAGGUUGAGUGGUUCUGCCCCCCGCUGCCCUGGAGGAACCAGACGGCCGCCCAGAUGGCCCCCAAGCCCCUCCCCAAAGUCCAGGCAGUUUUCCGGAGCAACCUGUCGCACCUCCUGGAGCUGAUGGGCAGUGGGAAGGAGUCUCUAAUCUUCAUGAAGAAACGAACCAAGCGGCUCACGGCCCAGUGGGCACUGGCUGCCCAGCGGCUGGCACGGAAGCUGGGAAGCGUCUGGAGGGACCAGAAGCAGAUCCUUGUUCACAUCGGCUUCCUGACGGAGGAGUCUGGUGAUGUGUUCAGCCCAAGGGUGCUAAAGGGCGGGCCACUGGGAGAGAUGGUGCAGUGGGCAGACAUCUUGGCCACUCUCUAUGUCCUGGGCCAUGGCCUGCGGAUCACAGUGUCCCUGAAGGAGCUGCAGAGUAACUUAGGGGUGCCGCCAGGCCGGGGGAACUGCCCGCUCACCAUGCCCCUGCCUUUCGACCUCAUCUACACCGACUACCACGGCCUACAGCAGAUGAAGCAGCACAUGGGACUGUCCUUCAAGAAGUACCGGUGCCGAAUCCGGGUCAUUGACACCUUCGGGACAGAGCCCGCAUACAACCACGAGGAGUACGCCACGCUGCACGGCUACAGGACCAACUGGGGCUACUGGAACCUCAACCCCAAGCAGUUCAUGACCAUGUUCCCUCACACCCCGGACAACUCCUUCAUGGGUUUCGUGUCCGAGGAGCUCAAUGAGACGGAGAAGCAGCUCAUCAAAGGCGGCAAGGCCAGCAACAUGGCCGUGGUGUACGGCAAGGAAGCGAGUAUCUGGAAGCUCCAGGGGAAGGAGAAGUUCCUGGGCAUCCUGAACAAGUACAUGGAGAUCCACGGCACCGUGUACUAUGAGAGCCAGCGGCCCCCCGAGGUCCCCGCCUUCGUGAAGAACCACGGCCUCUUGCCACAGCCCGAGUUCCAGCAGCUGCUGCGCAAGGCCAAACUCUUCAUCGGCUUCGGCUUCCCUUACGAGGGCCCCGCGCCCCUGGAGGCCAUCGCCAAUGGCUGUGUCUUCCUCCAGUCCCGCUUCAGCCCACCCCACAGCUCCCUCAACCACGAGUUCUUCCGAGGCAAGCCCACCUCCAGAGAGGUGUUCUCCCAGCACCCCUAUGCAGAGAACUUCAUCGGCAAGCCCCACGUGUGGACUGUCGACUACAAUAACUCAGAGGAGUUCGAAGCAGCCAUCAAGGCCAUCAUGAGAACGCAGGUAGACCCCUACCUGCCCUACGAGUACACCUGUGAGGGGAUGCUGGAACGAAUCCAUGCCUACAUACAGCACCAAGACUUCUGUGCAGCCUCAGGGCCUGCCCCAGCAGCGGCCCAAGCCCCACCCAGCCCCUUCGUUCUGGCCCCCAACGCCACCCAUCUGGAGUGGGCCCAGAAUGCCAGCUUGGCCCCCGGGGCCUGGCCCCCAGCACACUCCCUCCGGGCCUGGCUGGCCGCUGCUGGGAGGGCGUGCACGGACGCCUGCCUGGACCACGGGCUGAUUUGCGAGCCGUCCUUCUUUCCCUUCCUCAACAGCCAGGACGCCUUCCAGAAGCUGCAGGUGCCCUGUGACAGCACCGAGUCGGAGAUGAACCACCUGUACCCGGCCUUCGCCCAGCCCGGCCGCGAGUGCUUCCUGCAGAAGGAGCCCCUGCUCUUCAGCUGUGCGGGCUCCAGCACCAAGUACCACCGGCUGUGUCCCUGCCGAGACUUCCGCAAGGGCCAGGUGGCCUUGUGCCAGGACUGUCUGUGAGGCCGCCCGCCCGCCCAGCUCCCGGCCGCAGGAGGAAGCACCAGCAGAUUCUGAGCUCCAGCGACGGGCCCUCCCCGCGACACCCCGGCGCUGGGACUUCCUUCCUUGGCCGGGAAGUGGGCAG